UGCCUUUCACAUGCUGGGCGGGACUGGGCGCUCUAUAAAAACCCGCACCGCUGAGAAUAAUGCAUUCGCUUCUCCUGCUUUAUCCUCCUUGAAGAAGUGGCCUUGCCUCCCUCCAUCGCACCAAGAUGACUUAUUGCUACCAGAACCAGUGUGAGGAUAGCUGCUACUCUCCCUGCAACUACGGGACCGUGUACAGCUACCGGAGCUACGACUGUGGAAGCCCUUGUGGCUACCGGGGCUACGGGGGCCUGUGCGGCUAUCGGGAUUGCUACCCCUCCUACAGCUCCCGCUACUGUUACCCCUCCUAUUCUUGCUACACCCGUAGAUACAGCUAUGGGAGCUGCUACCCCUGCUACCCCUGCUAAAUCCAGAAGGAUUAAAUGGGAAAUGAGGACUGAGAAUUAAUUACUGAAUUAAUGGCUGCUGUUAAGGAGAGGCUUUGCAGAAGCUCUGAGUCCACGACUGCGAAUGAAAGCCGUAGUAUUUUGGAGAGCUCAGUGUUUCCAUAAAUCUUCUUCAAUGUUCUUCAAAAAUGUUUUGUUUUCCAUUUUCCCUAUCAACUUCUUAACCUUGAAUGGGUUUGGUGGUGUAAAGGAAGCCAGGCUUAACAUGGGUAAACAACUUCUUAACUCAUUUAUAGUUCUUUCCCAGCUAACAUUAAUGAAAUCUAAAGUGUACCUGUACUAGCCUUCAUAUGGAUACGUUUAUAACUUAACUGCUUUUGAACCUAUACCAAAGAAACAGUAAAUCAUCUGAUCUUAUUUGUUUCAUUGGACUUAAAACAAGUGGAAACAUUUAAAAAUGGAAAUUGAUAGUCAAAUGUUACAGAUGUAGCAGCAAAAAUGGUACUAAUGAAACUGGGUGAUUUUCUGAAGAUAUAAAUUAAUCUCUGUACACAUUCUUUCUGCUUCUGCUUCCUGUAUUAUUUUAGAUUGUGAUUGUGAGCUUUAUUCUUAUUAAAAAUGUUAUAGCAUCA